AUGGAUAUCGGCUCUCAGUCGGACUCGAGCGUCACCAUCGACAACGAUCCCGAUCAAGUGCUUUUUAUAGGCCGCAACCCAAUAUAUCGGCCAAUGAUCGACCUUACGCAGGAGGGCCCUAAGGAGGGUGACUAUCUUACUGACGCGGCCUACAACAGUCUUCUGAGGAACUGGCAUAGGAACAGGCCAGCAACAAAUCCCACAAUCGACGAAAGACCCAAACGCGUUCUUAACGGUGGUCGUGUGAAUGGCAUUCUAUACACCCCGGGGCAAUCCUUUGAGCUCCAUAACGGACAUUUCAUACGUGUCCAAACGAUGUUCGAGAGCGCCACCGGGGAAGUCAUGUUUAACGGACGACACCUGAUCAGAUCGGAACGUCAUAUACGCACAUAUCUCCCGAAACGGCCCAACGAGUUGAUAUGGAUAUCCAAUGAGCCCGCAGAAAUACCAUUCCAGGCCAUCAAGCGCUUUGUGAAAAUCAACUUCACUAAUUAUUGCCAUGUUGACAAUGAUAUCCAGAAAGAAGGUCGUCCACACGACUUCUUUUGCCGGCUUAAGGAGCAUGUUAGCAUGAACAUGCAGGAACCCAGCUCUUUGGAGUUUAUAUCUUUUGAUGAAGCUGACGAGGGAUUCCGACAUGAUCCAAUUGUUUUACGUCGAACCUGGAGAGGCGAAACUCGUUCAUUUGGAGCGGCAGAUUCUCCCCUCACUAUCACGCUCGAAGACGACGGAGUGGUUGAUUUGACCGAACAAGGCAUUCGCAGGGACCGGCGUCAAUAUACCUUUGGGGACGGGUUUUGUGGCGCAGGUGGCGUGUCUUGCGGUGCUCGCUCUGCCGGAUUGCGUCCUACAUGGGCAUUCGAUAAUUCUGCUCAUGCCGUCGCCACUUACCAACUUAACUUUAAUGAUGCACAAUGCGAGGGAUCAGAUGUCUUCAAUUUCCUUACAAAUAACUACGAUUUUCUCAAGGUUGAUAUUACUCAUGGCUCGCCCCCGUGCCAGACGUUUUCGCCUGCGAAGACGGUCGAGUCGGCCAACGAUGACGCCAACUCGGCGUGCAUCUUUUCAUGCUCUGAUCUGAUUAGAAGGGCGAGACCAAGGGUCCACACGAUGGAGGAGACUUAUGGACUGCUUGAGCGACACAAGGACAUGCUGUAUCGUGUAAUUCAAGACUUUGUGGAGGUGGGAUACUCGGUCCGGUGGACGUUGCUGAACUGUGUGGACUUUGGGGUCCCUCAGUAUCGAAGACGACUGGUAAUCAUUGCCUCGGGUCCCGGAGAGAGGCUGCCUCCGUUCCCUAAUCCGACUCAUGGCCCCCCUGGUUCGGGUCUUCUAAAGUACGCCACCAUCAACCAGGUAAUCUCCCGGAUUCCACAAGGAGCGCGGGAUCAUGACGUCGAAGGCGCCUAUGAAAGGAUGGUAAGGCACAGGACACCCUUCGACCCGGAUCAGCAAGCUCGUACAAUUACCUGUGGGGGCGGAGAAAGAAACUAUCAUCCCUCUGGGGAACGCGGCUUCACCAACCGUGAGUUUGCAUGUCUGCAGACCUUUCCUUUAAGAUUUCGAUUCGGGCCUCGAGAGGUCCGAAAACAAAUUGGUAAUGCGGUGCCACCUAUGCUGGCAGAAGCCCUUUAUAAGGCGAUAAAAGAAUCAUUGCACCAGACCGAUGCGAAGGAAUUGGGACAACAAGAGUGA